ACAUCCCUUCUGGCACGUUGCAAUCUCUAUGUCUCUACCUAUAAGAAGAAAGAGAAUUUUCAUGGUUUCCAUAGUUUCAUAGUUUCUGCUCACACUUCCCAUCUCUUUGAAUCUUGUUCUCUUUACCAUUUAUACAAGUUCAUCGAGGCGGUUCGAGUUGGAGUUUUGUCAGGGGCCUUGUUCUUAAACUCCCCUUAUAUAAUCAUCCAGGCAGGCAUGGGCAUUAAGGAGGAUGUGGAGAGUGAUGUGCAGGAGGGAGUAAGAGUGCCACUCAUGGCCGAAGGAGACGAAUCAGCUGGUGGAAGCAGCGGAGGGAAUCUAUGGAUGGUUUAUCUCAGCACAUUUGUUGCAGUUUGUGGCUCUUAUGAGUUCGGAUGCUGUGUCGGUUAUUCUUCGCCUACUCAGUCUGCAAUCCGGGAAGAUCUCAGUUUAUCAUUAUCAGAGUAUUCAGUGUUUGGCUCCAUUUUGACAUUUGGUGCAAUGAUAGGAGCUAUCACUAUUGGGCCAAUCACCGAUUUUCUUGGCCGAAAAGGGGCCUUGAGAGUGUCUUGUGCUUUCUGUGUUGCAGGUUGGCUUGCUAUUUACUUCUCCAAGGGCGCUUGGUCGUUGGACAUUGGGAGACUGCUAACAGGGUACGGAAUGGGAGCCUUUUCUUAUGUGGUACCUAUUUUCAUAGCUGAAAUUGCACCCAAAAGCCUUCGAGGAAGAUUGACUGCUGCAAAUCAGUUAAUGAUCGUAACUGGAGUGUCUGUUUCCUUCAUAAUCGGGGUAGUAGUAAGUUGGCGGACAUUAGCAUUAAUUGGACUUAUUCCCUGCGCCGUGACACUUUUUGGUCUCUUUUUCAUUCCCGAGUCUCCAAGAUGGUUGGCAAAGACAGGACGCCAGGAAGAUUUUGAAGCUGCGCUGCAGAAACUGCGUGGAAAAGAUGCUGACAUAUCUCAUGAAGCAGCAGAAAUCCAGGAUUAUAUUGUGACUCUUGAUUCCCUCCCUAAAGCCAAAUUGCUGGAUUUGUUUCAAAGGAGAUACUGGCGCUCACUCAUUAUCGGAAUUGGGCUGAUGGUCUGUCAACAACUGGGUGGAAUCAACGGAGUCUGUUUCUAUGUCAGCGAUAUUUUCGAACAAGCANGCUCU